AUGGCGGCGCCGUACGACCCGACGCUGGACGUCACGCCGACCCGUGGUCGACUCAACUCGGUCCAUGCGCUUUUGGAGGAGACGAACCUCGCGAUGGGCGAUGCGCAUGUGGACGACGCCUUCUGGACCAAGCUGCAGGCGCACAUCCUCGACGAGUCGGACGCUGGCUUGCGCGCGACGCUGGUCGGCCGCCAAGCGCUCGCAGCGUGCUCGCCGCUCUGCGCAUCGACGGCGCAAGUCGGGUUUGUCUGCAGCAUUGCCGACUCGUUCGAGGGCCCGAAUCGGCUCGUCGUGCUGAGCGCCGUCUUUCGUGCGCAGCGGCUCUUCCUCGCCGUCAAGCCCGGGCUCCUCGCCACGCACUUUGAAGUCGACGGGUUUCUGACCAACUUGCGCCAGAGCAAGAACCUCUUUGACGACCGCCAAUGGCGCGAAGAGCUCAUGGUGCUCAUUAUCAAGUACCUCAUUGAACAUGGCCGCCUCGUGGACGCGGCCGCGAUCUGCGCCGAGUUCCUCGAAGAAGACGGCGCCGGCAUCCAAGCGAUUGCCAUCGACGGCCUUCUCGAUCUCGCAUCCCGCAAGCAGCAACUACCCAUCUCGCUGAUCCAGGCGGCGUGGAACCUCAUGCUGCACGCGCCCACCAAGGACGGCCGCGUCGAUGGCGUCCGCUUGUUUCGGACCGUCACGCUCCAGCACGGCCGUCCGCAGAUGGAGAGACUUUUGCACGGCCUCUCGCUCGCGGCGGCGGACCGUGCGGAGUGCGUCCGCAUCGAAGCGGCGCUGAGCUUCCGCUUCGUCUCCGUCGAUUCUGUGCCGCAGCUCUUGGCCAAGGCGCAGCUCGACGAGCACAACAUGGAGGGGCAGCGCUGGCAGCUCGUCUGCAACGGCGUGCUCUUGUCGCUUCUGGAAGACGUCUCACAAGAGGUGCGCUGCGAAGCGUCGCGGAGUGUCGUGCACGUUUGCAAGGCCAGCUCGUCGCUGCCGCAGGAGGCGCUCGAGCAUGCGAUCUCGGCCCACGCCGACGCGAGCCAUGAAGACAGCGCGCGAAGCACGCAGCUCCAAUUCCUCCUCGCGCUCGAUGCGCUUCUCGGCGUCUACCACGCGCGCUUUGGCCGCUUCACCGUCUCGACCGAACAGCUCUCGUUUCUGCUGCGCCACGCGCUGCGCGCUCCGCACGCCCAAGGUGCCGUCGUGCUUCUCUCGGCUCUCACCAAGCUCGCGCUCGAGACACCGUACCAUGCGUCGAGCGUCGUGGCCUUUCUUUCGUCGUCGGUGACGCCGCUUUAUACGUCAGCGCCACGCUAUGUGCAAGCGCAGCUCGAGGCCCAUGCGCGCACGAUCGGGGCACAGAUCGCGGCGCUUUGGACGCAUCGCGGGGAUGUUCCAGCGUCUCCGCUCCUGCUGGCGCUGGCAACGCCGAGUCCUCGCAGCGCGCCAUCGCUGCUCGUCUGCACAGAGACCGUGCCGCUGCGACCGCGGCAUCCGUUGGCGUGCUUGCACCAAGCACCAACGUCGGUGGCCCAUGCGACCGACCUCCUCCAGCAGGCGGCGGCGAUCGAGAUGCCGAGCGAGUUUGUAAUGUCGCGCUACAAAAGCGUCGUGCUUGGACUGCUCGACGGCGUCCUGGAGCUCCGCACCGGCGGCGCGCACUGGCAACGCUUGCUAGAGACCGCUGUCACGUACCUUGCCGUCAUGAGCCCGAGCCAUCUCGAGCGCACGUCGGUCCUCGAUUUGCUGGCGCUGGUGCGCUGCCACUUUGCGACGAGCCUCGAGGAUGCCCGCGCCAUGAUGGUCGAGUGGCCGCGACUGCGAGAGCUGCCCGCGACGUCGCUGGACGAGCUCCGGACGGCGACAAUGGAGCAGCUGCACGCGUGGUGGCCCGUAACGUGGUUCGAGUCGGAGCCGCACUGGACGCGGCAUGUGCAUGCGACCGUCGAGUGGAGCACACCGCACGAGCCGCUGACGACGGUCGCGGGCUGGCCCUGCGACGUGCCACUGGCGAUCACAGCGUUCAACGUGACGGACCCGCACAGUCUCGUGCUCAAGCUCUCUCUGCCGCACCAAGAGCCGCUGCUAUUGGAGCUCACGCCGCGCGAUUUCAAAUGGACACACGCAAGUCUCUGGCGCGCGUCGAUCCAUGCGUGCUGCGUCCCGAUGGCUGUCACCGGGCUCGUGCACCUCGAGGUUGUUCUCUGCAUGCGCACUCGUCGCGUCGCGCACAUCGAGUCCUUCUUGCAGCCCAUUAGCCCUUUGCUCCGCCUGCCUCUCGCUGUCUCGCGGCCAGCGCCGCGCCCGCCGAUGCUGGCCGCGCAAGCACCGUACCCGUCGGCGUACGGCCCCCCAUAG